CUCUGCGGCUCAGACUUCUUUCUCAUGUCGGUCUACUCGGGUGUCGUUCGGUCUUUGCCCGACCUUCCCCCCGGGGCCAUGAAGCACUAGAGCCUUGCGGGUGCAGUAAUCCUUCGCUGCCAGCAUGUUCGGCCGCUCCCGCAGCUGGGUGGGCGGCGGGCACGGGAAGGCCGCCCGCAGCAUCCACUCCUUGGAUCACCUCAAGUACAUGUAUCAUGUUUUGACUAAAAACACAACAGUAACGGAUCACAACCGCAACCUGCUGGUAGAGACUAUUCGUUCUAUAACUGAGAUCCUUAUAUGGGGAGAUCAGAAUGACAGCUCAGUAUUUGACUUUUUCUUGGAGAAGAAUAUGUUUGUUUUCUUCUUGAAUAUCUUGCGUCAGAAGUCUGGUCGUUAUGUGUGUGUACAGCUUCUGCAGACUCUGAACAUCCUUUUUGAGAACAUCAGUCAUGAAACAUCACUGUACUACCUACUCUCUAAUAACUAUGUAAAUUCUAUUAUUGUCCACAAAUUUGACUUUUCUGAUGAGGAGAUCAUGGCAUAUUACAUAUCGUUUUUGAAAACUCUUUCCCUGAAACUCAACAAUCAUACUGUACAUUUCUUUUAUAAUGAGCACACAAACGACUUUGCCUUGUACACUGAAGCUAUUAAAUUUUUUAAUCACCCGGAAAGUAUGGUCAGGAUUGCUGUUAGGACUAUAACUUUAAAUGUCUACAAAGUGGACAACCAACCUAUGCUGCAUUACAUUAGAGAUAAAACUGCUGUCCCUUAUUUCUCCAACCUCGUUUGGUUUAUUGGAAGCCAUGUGAUAGAAUUGGAUAACUGCGUGCAGACUGAUGAAGAGCACAGAAAUAGGGGCAAACUCAGUGACCUGGUAGCAGAACAUCUUGAUCAUUUACAUUACCUUAAUGAUAUCCUUAUCAUUAACUGUGAAUUUUUAAAUGAUGUGCUGACAGACCACCUACUUAAUCGGCUCUUUCUUCCCUUAUAUGUGUAUUCACUAGUCAAUCAAGACAAGGGCGGAGAACGUCCAAAAAUAAGCCUCCAAGUUUCUCUCUAUCUUCUUUCACAAGUUUUUCUAAUUAUACAUUAUGCCCCUUUGGUGAACUCAUUGGCUGAGGUUAUACUUAAUGGUGACCUCUCUGUGUUUUCUUCUAAAGUUGAACAAGAUGUACAGAAAAACUCGGCAAAGUCAAGUAUCAGAUGUUUCAUAAAACCAACAGAAACACUUGAGAGGUCUCUUGAAAUUAACAAACAGAAGGGGAAGAAGAGAGUGCAGAAAAGACCCAACUAUAAAAAUGUUGGUGAAGAAGAUGAAGAGGAGAGAGGGUCUGAUGAUAACCAAGAUGACCUAGAUAAAACUAAAGGUACAGAAGCGAGUUCAAAGAGCAUCCGAACAAGCAGUGAAAAAGAAGAAAUAGAGAUGGUAAUCAUGGAGAGGUGUAAACUGUCACAAUUGCCCAUCUCUACUGUAACAGAACAGAAUACAACAGAUGAAGAAAAGAGCGCAGCUGCCUCUGGGAGCGAGAUAACAAACUGGAAUAGGCCUUUUCUUGAUAUGGUUUAUAAUGCACUGGACUGUGCUGAAGAUGAUUACUAUGCCCUCUUUGUGCUCUGUCUUUUAUAUGCAAUGUCACACAACAAAGGAAUUGACCCAGUCAAGCUGGAGAGAAUUCAGCUUCCAGCUCAAAAUGCUGAAGAGAGAAAUUCAUAUAACCAUGUACUUGCAGAAGGGCUCAUCAGGAUAAUGAAUUAUGCUGCACAACCAGAUGGAAAAAUCCGUUUGGCAACUUUAGAGCUUGGCUGCCUGUUGCUGAAGCAGCUUGUGUUCUCUAGAAACAGCAGCAUCAUAAAAGAUGUUCACCUUGCUUGCCUUGAGGGUGCAAGGGAGGAAAGUGUUCAUCUCCUUCGUCGUUUCUAUAAGGGAGAAGAAAUUUUUCUGGAUAUGUUUGAAGAUGAAUACCGGAGCAUGACAAUUAAACCCAUGAAUGUAGAGUACUUGAUGAUGGAUGCCUCCAUCUUACUGCCUCCAACGGGGACACCGCUGACUGGUAUUGAUUUUGUGAAAAGAUUGCCUUGUGGAGAUGUGGAAAGAACACGAAGAGCAAUCAGAGUGUUCUUUAUGCUCCGUUCACUAUCACUGCACUUACGAGACGAGCCAGAAACUCAGUUACCACUCACGAGGGAGGGAGAUCUGAUAAAGGCAGAUGAUGUUCUUGACUUGAAUAACAGUGAUCUAAUUGCUUGUACAGUAAUAACAAAGGAUGGGGGUCAAGUUCAAAGGUUCCUGGCUGUGGACAUAUACCAGAUGAGCUUGGUUGAGCCAGAUGUUGCCAGACUUGGAUGGGGUGUAGUUAAGUUUGCAGGCCUUUUGCAGGAUAUGCAGGUGACGGGAGUGGAGGAUGACAGUAGAGCUCUGAACAUAAUAAUUCAUAAGCCUGCCUCAAGUCCUCAUUCUAAGCCGUUCCCUAUCCUUCAGGCUACAUUUAUUUUUUCAGAUCACAUCCGCUGCAUUAUUGCAAAGCAGCGGCUUGCAAAAGGCCGUAUCCAAGCUCGGCGUAUGAAAAUGCAGAGGAUAGCAGUUCUGCUGGAUCUUCCUGUUCAGCCUUCAACUGAUAUUAUGGGUUUUGGACACAGUUCUUCAGCUACAGCCCAACACCUUCCAUUUAGAUUUUAUGAUCAGUCACGGCGUGGUAGCAGUGAUCCUACAGUACAACGCUCUGUUUUUGCAUCUGUUGACAAAGUUCCAGGUUUUGCUGUAGCCCAGUGUAUAAAUCAGCACAAUCCAUCACCACUCUCAUCACCAUCACCUUCCAGUGGCAGUGGGAGUACGGGGCGUUGUGAUUCAGUGGCUGCAAGUUCAGCGUCCACCCCUUCUGCUGCACAGAGCCCAUCAGAUGAUGCUUCAGCUCCAGAGCAGCCUCAGAUGACCACUUCCGGUCAGACGAUGUUGACUGAUGAAACUCUGUCAGCUGUCUCAAAGUCUAGCAAGAAUGCUGUAAAGAACAGUGACAUAGAAACAGCAAACCUUUCUCCUAGCCUGAUUCCUGCACAGCAGCCCACAAUAUCAUUAAUAACAGAUGACAAUACAGAUGCACUAAGUGUAGAGUCACUCACACUAGUGCCACCAGUUGAUCCACACAGCAUUCGAACAUUCAGCUGCAUUCCUCAGUCCUCUUUGCAAUCUGAAGCUGAAGUAUGCAAGGUAAAAGAGGUGGAGGAAGAAUGUUCUGACUAAAGCCAGCCUGCAGACUGUGAUAAACAGUGAGCAAAUGCAACCAAAUUCUUUGUUGUUUUUUCCUUUGGGAGUGCAGAUACUUCUUGAAGCCUCAGAGGCAGUCUGGUCCAGCAGAAGAGGUCCAUCAUGAAAGAGAAUGUGGGCAGCUUUUAGAGUAAACAUCAGAUGUUCAGCAUAUUUAAGCAGAAGAAAAAAGCCUAACUUUUAAAUCUGGACUAGUUGUUUCCUACUAAUUUGUGUUAUACAAGAAUGUGAAAGUAUGUCAGAGCACCUGCUUUCUUUCUAGUGUAGAGUUCCAGCUGCAGGAACUAAGUUAAUUGUAAAAGGUCUACAGUAUUAUGGCAAAAUGAAGACAUUUUUGGAUAACUGACUUCAGGAUAUUGUAUCAUUACUUCUCUGAAACUGGAGACAUACCACUGACCAGAAAGAAAUUAUAUAUUGUAGUACAGCGAUAACAUUUCCAUUUGAGAUAUGGUGUGUUCUUUCAGCUUGUUGUUUUGUUGUUUGUAUUUCAAAAUCUUAAUCUCAUUCAUUUUGUGGAGGCCUGCACGAUACCAGCAGGAUUGGCCACUUUCAGUAUUGUCUUUGUUUGGACUCCAGUCUUUAGUAUUUGUGUUUUCUUGUAUAAUAUUUAUUUCCAGGUUUGAUCCAAAGCAAGAUAUAUAUCAAAUUAUUAUUUUUUUUAAGGUAAAAGCCUAAAAUUUAAUGACAAAUGCUUACACAAAUUAACAUAAGGGAGUCUAGAGACUACUUCAAGUCUUUGGUUAAUCAACUACAGAGAAAUGUAAAAUAGAGAUUGCUAUAACUUGUUUCUUUGCUUCUGACAGUCAAACUGCUACACUUCUGAGGAGUCAUGAUAUCCUUUCUACUAAAAGACAACUUCUAGAUAGAAUCAGGUUAAAGAGGUUUUUUAAAUUUUUCGUUUUUAUGUAGGAAGGAGGUCAUCACAUCUAACUGAUAAUUCCUUUACAAGUCUGAAACUUGAAAGGUAUUAUGUAGGUCUUUUCCUGUCUGGGAUAGUAUCACAGUUAAACAACAUUGCUACAUAAAAAUGAUUCUGAGUUUAUGCUUGCCUUACUUUGCUGCCUAGAUUCUGAUACCAAGUUGACAGUAGUGAAAAAGUGUUGAUUAAUAUUUUGGAAUGUUUGGAAUGUUCCUUGCUAAUGUGAUACAUAAUUUAACAUUAAUGGAAUCUGAGAUUUCUCAUCAAUUUCCAUGUGUGUUAAUUAAAAUUAGUAGUAAAAUGAACAGACUUUCACUAUU